GAUACCGUAAAGCAGGCACACUCUUGUCUGACCUUAUGGAUACUCUUUAUAUUAAACCAUUUCCUUCGUCUCGGGAAUUAUUGUGCACUUAAAUCCAUCACUACCUGCCAACCCUUAGAACUUGAAAUUGAGCGAACUGAAGAAACCUGAGCAUGGCAUCUUCCUGGACACAUUUGAUCCGCUUCAUUGCGGAGGAAGACGGCCAGGUGCAUCUGGGCCAAAUCGACGCGGAGAAAUUUCCUGACGUCGGGCUGGCCGUGUAUGAGGGCAAAAAGCUAUCCGCUAGGCUCAUCACAGGCACGAUCUUUGACGGCGUCUUGUCGGACAAGGUUUUGCAUGUCGCAACGCUCCUGUCCCCCAUCGGCGUGGAAGAGGUCCCCAUAAUUCGCUGCAUGGGACUCAACUACCGCGACCAUGCUCGGGAAGCUAACAUGCCCAUUCCAGACGUCCCGGUGCUAUUCAUCAAACCGCGUACUGCGCUGAAUGGGUCGUUUCCAGCCAAGGUUCCAGUGCCACAGAUCGCACAGGAUGGGACCAGUGACUAUGAAGCUGAACUGUCUUUUAUCAUUUCCAAGUCCGGGAAAGAUAUCCCGGAAGAUAAGGCUUUGGAGUAUGUGUUGGGAUAUACAGCCAGCAACGAUAUUAGUGCCAGGGCGCAGCAGUGGAAAAACAGCCAGUGGUGUUUCUCGAAGGGCUUCGAUGGCUCAUGCCCUCUCGGACCAGUUCUGGUGUCCCCUUCUGCCCUUAAAGAUCCGCAUUCUCUGCAAAUCAAAGCUAUCCAUAAUGGUAGCACAGUGCAAGAUUCUAAUACACGUGAGAUGAUAUUCCGUAUCCCAGAGAUCAUUUCGUUUCUAUCUAGUGGAACGACUCUCGAAAGGGGCACAGUCAUUAUGACAGGCACCGGGCCUGGCAUUGGAGCAAUGCGUAAUCCCAAGGUUGUGCUCAACCAUGGCGACGAUAUUCGUGUCGAGAUUGAAAAUAUUGGAACCUUGAUCAAUCAGAUCUAUUACGAGUGAUAUUUUUCUACAUGUUUGAUCGAUUUGAAAUAUCUAUAUUUAAACUUUUACAGUUAAUUUGAUAUACAUAGUUCCUAAAGAAUUAAAAAGAUGCCCGACCCUAU